CCAGCUGUCUCCACAGAGAAUUCAUUGGAUAUCUAAUCAAACCAGAGAAUAGUUCCUACCCCCUCAGCCUCUCUCCUAACUAUUUAUGGACCUUAGGAGAGAUUUUUUGCCAGCCAAGAUUGCUGGCAUCCUCUCGGCUGGGAUUGUGAUGAUCGCCAUUGUUGCCUUGGGGAAGCUGCUGGAACCCUUGCAGAAGUCGGUCUUGGCAGCUGUUGUAAUUGCCAACCUGAAAGGGAUGUUUAUGCAGGUGUGUGACGUGCCUCGUCUGUGGAGGCAGAAUAAGAUUGAUGCUGUAAGUCACCCAUUUUUCUCUGAAAUGAGAUUUG